GUACACACAUUAAGUCGAGAGCCGCCCAGGGGGCUGUUCGUGCACCUCUUGCCGCCGUCGCUGCCCACCCGCCCGACCUGCCUGACGGGCUCCUGCGCUCGUCCGCGGAGCAGAGAAGCAGCCAUGAAUCUGGGGGAUGGUUUAAAGCUUGAAACUGAAAUACUGGAUGGAAAACCUAGAUUGAUAGUGGCUCCUUGUGUAAGUAAGUCGAAACCAGGCAUAAGGAUAUGUAAUAAAAACAAGAUCUUAAAAUACACAUCAAGAUCAAAACCAAAUGGGCAUAUUCUGAAAUCAGUGCAAACAUCCUGUGAGAAGAAUGAAUGUUUAACAAAACAGAAGACUGGAUCAAGACUUUCAGUGACCAAAGGUAGUAAACAUCCUGAAACUGUGAUGUUUACCAAGGAUUCAUCAAAAGAACCCUGUAAUAAAGAUGAUGCUUUUAUAAUUCAAAAAGACAAUACAACUGCAAAGCCAAAUAAUAUCAAAAUCUCAGCUAAGAAGCCUUUGGCAUCCAACAAGAAAUUUAAGAAGCAUUCUGUUUCUGUUGAGGAUCUAAGGGACAAUUUGGUAUGCUUAACACAACAGCAGCUGGAGCAGAUUUUAAUGGCAGUAAAAGAAGGAACCCACGGAGCCCCGCAGCUUCUGGAUGAAAAGAAGGCAGGAACAAUGCCAAACUAUUCAGACACUAAAACUUCUGCUGAUCAGACUUCAGAAGAAAAUGUAAUGGGAUUACUUCAGAAAGUUGGUGAUGUUCCAUCUGUUCCAAGUGAAAGUAGUUUUUAUUCAAACAAAAAACAAGGAAUCUCUAGACAUGCUGAACAGAAAAUAAUUACGAAUUCAUGGAAACCAGCUGACAUGUUUAGUACUCUGGGAGAACGAGAGUGGGAUAAAACCCUGUUAGAUGCUAAGAAAUCUCAGUGGAAGAAAGAACUAGAUGAACAAGUAGCUUUGAAGAAGAAACUAAAAGAAACUUUGGAAACAGAGUCCAGAUUCCACCAGCGGCAGGCAAUUGAUACAGUGAAGAGCUGCUUAGAAAAAGGACAAAACGCUCAUCAAGUAAAGAUAACACUUUCAGAUGAUUUUGCGGCAGCAGAAGAUGCCCAUAUUCAGAGAUCUUCAGCCACUGAGUCUAGUGAAACUUCUCCUAGUGUGUCCAGUGGUCGAACUGAACAGUUCUCUAGUUUCAGUUCUCCUGAUUUGCCAGCUGCUAUUCGAACAGCAUUUGUGUUAGGGGAAGCAACACCAGUAGAGCACCCUUUUAGUGCUGUGAAACGUGAACAACAGAAAAAAUGGCUUGAAGAGCUUGAUAAGCAAAAGGAAGCUGACAAGCUGCGAAAAAUGGAAGAAAAAUGUAAUUUUUCCAAGGGUGAAGAGCAUGACAGGUGGACAAUACAUUUUGAUUCUUUUAAGAAUCAUAUGAAUUCAUUUGUACAAUAUCCUUUAAAUACCACAUAUCAAAAGACUCCUGAGACUGCACAGCCCUCCCAGGACUCCCCUGACCAGGCAGCUUGUACAUCUGCAGCUUUGUCUCAUCACACACCUCUAGAGAUGGAAAUUCCAGGAAAAGCCAUUGGAACCCAUAUUUCAGAGCCAAGUCAAAAAGCCAGUUUCCUUCGUUCAAUGACUGCUCUUCUGGAUCCUGCUCAGAUCGAGGAACGAGGGAGGCGACGACAAAAACAAUUAGAGCAUCAGAAAGCCAUAAUGGCGCAAGUAGAAGAAAAGCAAAAAAAGAAACAGGUGGAAGAGGAACAAAGAAGACUGGAAGAACAAGAAGAAGAGUGCCGGCUUGCUAGAGAACAGGAAUUGAUGAAGAAACAGUUUGAAGAAGAUCUGCUGAAGCAGAAACAAAAAGAGGAAAUCAUGACCCUUAAAACAAAUGAGUUGUAUCAAACAAUGCAGAGAGCUCAAGAAUUAGCUCAAAGGUUAAAGCAGGAGCAGCGAAUUAAAGAGUUGGCUCAGAAAGGACAUGAUACAUCAAAACUGCAGAAGAAUCUUGGUGGCGGUGAUGUGCCAAAAGAGAAUAAUUACACCGACUUGAAUGGGGUUUUAGAGACCCAUGAUCAUCACAAGCACUGUUCUGCAGAGAAUAGCAGCGAAGUAAACGAGAGAGACAAAACUAAUUUCUCUCCUCGGAAAGACACAGCUGUGCAGACAGAGGUUGCAGUCACUGAUUUCCACACUGAUUCUGAAGUUUCUCCUACGCCAGUUUGGGAAGGACAAAUGGACUGUGCAUCUCCAGAUGUUGCUGUAGAAUAUAAAAUGGACAUCAGCAAUAAAAGAAGUAAGAAAGAAGCACAAUAUCUAGAUAAAAAGAUUUCAGAAAAAGAGAAUAUUAUCAGCUGUUGCAGUUGCUAUGAACAAUGCUCCCAAAAACAGAAACAUCCCAAGGCAGUGGGGAAAAAUGGGAAAAGGCUGGACUGGAACAUAAACAAACCUUGCAAAAGAUAUAUUCCAGCCUCCGAGAAAUAUCCUAGACUCCAGCAAAAGCAACGGGAAGAAAAGAAAGCACAGCGACAAAUGGCACUGCUUCACUUGGUUGAAAGAAACAGCCCUGGCAAUCUUUGCAAGAAAAAAGGUGUUUCUCCAGAUAGAACCCUCUCACCUCGCCAGGAAGAAGAUGAGGUCCAAAGUAAGGGAGAACAAUCUCCAAAAAAUAAUUUAUUUGAACAAAGAUCUGACUCCCCACCUGUUCCAGCAGUUAAAAACAGAUUACAUCAGCAAAUAAAGACUUCUGAUUCCCCAGUUCAUAAUAGCAAAAAUGGAAGCCAGAAGAGUAUUUCUACAGAUCAGCAUCGGAGUGAAAGGCCUCUUCCAAGUGCUGAAGCUGAAAGGCCUCCUUCAUCUCACUUUGUUCCUUAUGUGCGAACAAAUGAAGUCUAUUACCUUGAUCCAGAUGCACCCUUGACUAGGCCCUCCACGCAUGAGCCACAAUACCAGCAGCUGAAUGAUGCUUACCAUAAACCACGGCAGAUUUUUAGCUCCGAUCACAUAAGGGAUCCUCUUUUUAAUCCUAACAUGGUGAGAGACAGGCAGCAAGCCAUACUCAAAGGACUUUCAGAGCUGCGACAGGGCCUCCUUCAGAAGCAGAAAGAACUGGAGACAUGCCUUAUUCCGAGUGUUUUGAGUCAAGAAGAAAACUUUAUUUUACCGCUUUAAGAAUUUCAGCUAUGAUGAAUGGAUGUUUUGCUGUGUUGGCACUUUAUACUACUGUAAUUAUGAACCAAGUUUGUAGAAUAUGGACUUUGGUGUAUUUAGGGUAAACUUCCAGUAAUGGAGGAAGAAUUUUAUUUCACAUAAUACUGUAUGAUGUGACUUUGUUUACACAAUAUUUGUAUAACUAAUUUAAAUUCUAUGUGAGUAUUUAGCAUGAGAAAUAAAAUACUUGAAUUUUGAAUAUCCCUGGCUACUAGUGUUGCAUUUUGUCAUAUAAGCAAUGGUUCAGAUACAUCAACCCAUGUUUAAAAGCUGUUCCCAGAAAAAUCUUAAUUAAAUCAUUUCAAACAUA